AUGAGGACCCUGUUGUCUGAGGUGGAGCGGAAUCAGGUUAUGUCCAAGGCAAGGGAGGAGGCACAGCGGAGAUAUGAUGCGAAUCCAGAUACUGUCCCUGUCCCCGGGAACCAGGUUCCCCUGGCUGACCCCAGGUGGAAUCCUAAUAAUGAGCAGCACCUCAACCGCCUCACCUCCUAUAAGGAGCUGCUUUUGCACGGACUCCGACACUCGGCUGUCCGACAUAACAAUUGGGCAAAACCAUAUGAGAUAGUGCAGGAGCCAAAGGAAAGUCCAGUUGCCUUUUUGCAGCGCAUUCAAGAUGCUAUUCGACAGAAUACAAAUGCAAACCCUGAUGACCAGGCCACUGAGGCAAUUAUAAAAGGAAAAGGCCCAGUGCGAAUCAAACAGUAUCCAAUCAAGAGGGAAGCCAGAGAGGGGCUACAAGGAACUAUAGACAGAUUCCUACAAUAUGGUGUACUUCGAGAAUGCCAGUCAGCUUGGAAUACUCCUAUCUUGCCUGUGCAAAAGCCUGAUGGCACGUACCGGCUGGUGCAGGACCUCAGAGCAGUCAAUGAACGGGUAACUCUGCACCCCCUUGUCCCAAACCCAUAUUCCUUGUUGGCCUCCGUGGGGGGACAGCAUACCCAUUUUUCAGCUCUGGAUUUAAAAGAUGCCUUCUUCACAAUUCCAGUUGACACACCAUCUCAGGAGAUUUUCUCCUUCGAAUGGGAGGACGAAAGGAGGGUUAAAAAGCGGCUUUGCUGGACAGUUUUGGCCCAGGGAUUUAAAAACUCCCCCACCCUUUUUGGCCAGGCCCUGGCUAAAGACUUGGAGGAAUGGGACAAUGAGGACAAGGUCCUCCUUCUGCAAUAUGUUGAUGAUUUGUUAAUUGCAGCUGUGGGUUUAACCCCUUGCCUUAAAGCCACUGUGAGCCUCCUGAACUUUGUUGGACUCCGAGGUUAUCGGGUAGCACGGAGUAAGGCUCAAAUUGCCCUCCCAGAAGUACAGUACUUAGGGUUUCACAUAAGGCAAGGAGAACGUCAGCUUUCAAAUGAAAGAAAGGAAGCAAUCUGUCAAGUUCCUAUCCCAAGCAAUCGUAAACGGCUCAGGGCAUUUCUAGGCAUGGCAGGCUUUUGCAGAAUAUGGAUCCCUGAAUUUGGACUGUGGGCCAAACCAUUGUACAAAUGCGUUAAGGGAGCGGAUCACGACCUCCUUCACUGGUCCCCAGAAGCUGACAAGGCAUUUAAGGUUCUGAAAAGAAAGUUAAUGGAAGCCCCAGCCCUGGGUCUGCCGGACCUCUCCAAGCCGUUUCAGCUGUAUGUACAUGAGAGGAAAGGGGUGGCUCUGGGAGUGCUUACUCAGUUAUUAGGUACUUGGAGACGUCCCGUGGCUUAUUUUUCCAAACAACUUGAUCCAGUUGCCAAGGGGUGGCCAGUGUGUUUACGGGCGGUUGCUGCAACUGCCCUAGUACUUGAGGAAGCUGAGAAGUUAACCCUGGGAGGGGUUGUGCAAGUGUUUGUUCCUCACAUGGUUCAGGCCCUGCUGGAUGCCAAGGGUGGUCUUUGGCUCACCCAGGCUCGGGUGGCUCGGUAUCAGGCUAAGCUUUUAGAGAACCCUGAAGUCACCCUGCAGACCUGCCCCUCCCUUAAACCAGCCACCCUUUUGCCAGAGACAGAGGAGCGGGAACAUGACUGUCUAGAUGUAAUAGAUGUCCAAUACUCCAGCUGUCCAGACUUAAAGGACCAACCACUUCCAAAUGCAGAGUGUGAGUGGUACACUGAUGGCAGUAGUGCUGUUGUAGAUGGACAAAGGAGGACAGGCUAUGCUGUUGUGACCCUCCACGAUACCGUGGAAGCUGAGGGUUUACCUGCUGAGACAUCUGCUCAGCUUGCUGAACUAGUAGCCCUGACCCGUGCACUUGAACUGUCAAAAGGAAAACGAGUCAACAUCUUUACUGACUCUAAAUAUGCUUUUGGAGUAUUACAUGCUCAUGCUGGUUUGUGGAAGCAAAGAGGACUGCUAACAGCCCAAGGCUGUCCAGUUAAGCAUGGGUCCCAGAUCCUCCGGCUUCUAGAAGCUGUACAGCUCCCCUUAGAGGUAGCAGUGGUGCACUGUAAGGCCCAUCAAAGAGAAAAUCAGGAUGUGGCCCGGGGAAAUGCUAGGGCAGACAGGGAAGCCAAGCGUGCUGCUACCUUGCAGCCACCAGAGCCAGAGACUGCCCAUACGCAUGCCCUUAUCCCAUCGGUAGGGGAGCUCCCAGCCCCACAGUACUCUCCAGAAGAAAGAAACCUGGCUGACAGGCUUGGUCUCCAGGAAAAGGAGGGAUGGCUCUACUCCACAGAAGGAAAAAUUCUAUUACCUAAGAGCCUAAACCGACCAGUGUUACAGCAAUUACAUCAAACUACCCAUGCAGGGAGGGAGGCUCUUACCCAGCUUAUGAGUAAAUAUUUUCUAACCUCUGGACUUAAACCCCUAGCAUCCCAGGUACAAGCUGAAUGUUUGGUCUGCCAAAAGAAUAACCCACAACCAGGACUGUCAGUGACGCCAGCCACUCUGGAACCCACCCCAGGUCUGGGACUGGUGUGGCAAAUAGAUUUUACUGAGUUCCCCCAGACUCAAGGGUACAAAUACCCUCUCGUCUUAGUGGAUCGAUUCAGCAGAUGGCCUGAAGCCUUCCCAUGUCGAAACAAUACAGCUAAAACAGUGGCCUUAAAAUUUGUCAAGGAGAUUAUUCCUCGAUUUGGACUCCCCCAGUGGAUGGAAUCUGACAAUGGAACCCACUUCACAUCAAAAAUUGUUCAAAACAUAUCGGAUGUCUUACAGAUCCCAUGGAAGCUCCACACUCCUUGGCGACCGCAGGCCAGUGGAGUAGUGGAACGCAUGAAUCAGACACUCAAGCGACAUCUCUCAAAGGUUUGCCAGGAGGCCUCUCUUCGGUGGCCUGAUGCUUUGCCCCUUGUUUUACUCCGUGUCCGUGCUCUCCCCAAGGGCAGAUUAGGGCUCAGUCCCUUUGAGAUUAUGUUUGGAAGGGUAUGGCCUAUGAAUGGUACACCGGUUCUGGCAGGGGAAUGGGAAAUGGGGUGUGGUUUCUUGUCUCAGUACAUGCGCUCUUUGUCUGCUGUUCUCUGUUCUCUUCACAGGUACACCAAAGAUUUCCAGCCUCUCCUGCUGGAUGUCCCAAUCCACUCCUUGCAGCCCGGCGAUUCCGUGCUUGUUCGUACCUGGAAGGACGAGCCUCUCCAAGAGAAGUGGAAAGGACCCCACACCAUCCUGCUGGUUUCCCAUACAGCAGCAAAGGUUGAAGGACACAAAAACUGGAUUCAUCACUCUCGUCUGAAAGUAGUGCCAGCUCCUGAACAGUGGACAGUCCAGCCUGCUGAGAAAACUUCCAGCGACGAUUUGGGACUUAAGCUGUUAUUCAAGCGACAAUAAGGAGAGCUGGGAAUGCCCUGUAAUCCCUUUGAACCGCCACAGCACACUCCCUGUGAACACACUGAACAUUGGCUGUGUUUAUUUUCAGAGGGCCGGCCUAAUCUGUCAGCCUGGAUCCUUUGGUUUUUAAUUUGCGUGUUGUUGUACUUCUUAAUCUUUCUUAUUUUAUAGGCAUUUGAGGCCUUAAAAUUUUAAGGCCCUAAAGUAAUCCGCCCAAUAUGGGUUCAGGUUCAGGAUUUACCCUCCUGUUACUAUUUGCCAUAAUAUUGCUGCUAUUAAUUCCUGUGUUCCCCCAAAAGCAUGCAAAGUGGGAGGAUAAUAGUUUUUUGCAUUUAACUCAUGCAGUUGCUCAAGGUGUAAAUCAAUCCUCAUGUUGGGUCUGUAUACACACUCCCACCCAUACUGAUCAGGGCAUUCCACUAUGGGCUGUUCCUCUUUCACUCAAUGGCACACUUAUAGAUCAGCUGUUUCCUGACUGCAACUACAGCCCGGACCCCCCAGUUCAGACAUGAUCCAUCCAUAUGGUACCUCAGGGUCCCUAUGCUGCAUGCUACUGGCGAGAUAAGGGAGACAAUACCAUCUUUGUGGGCAAUGCCAUGGUGGAGUGUAAUUAUUCAGAACAUGUUUACCUAAGCCCUUCCUCCACCUGUGGUCGAGCCCCAUGGCCGGUCCCUACGGGAUCUGGCUGGUAGUGGCUUUGUAAUCAAACAGCUUAUAAAGCGCUCCCAGCUGACUGGUGGGGCUCUUGUGCCCUGGGAGCUGUGGUCCCUGCUGUCACAAUACAUCCAACAUUAAACCAAGGCGAGGUUUGUAAUCAUGUUUGGAGGAGCCGACGGAAUGUUCCUGCUAAUCCCCUGGUCAGUCGGCCUACAGGUUUUCAUUCUUUUGUCCGCUGGUUUUUGCCUUCAUUGGGAGUAAAUGAGUUAGAAAAAGCUAUAGUAAAUAUUUCUGUUGCCUUGGAAAUAAUGGCAAACUCCACAGCAGAUGCCUUAUCGGCUCUCCAAGGUGAAGUAUUUCAAUUGUCCCAGACAGUUUUACAAAAUCGUUUGGCCCUAGAUUACCUCCUUAUUAAUCAGGGUGGAGUUUGUGCCUUAGUUAACUCUAGUUGUUGUGUGUUUAUAAACCAAUAGCAGCGGGUGGAAACUGAUAUACAUGCUAUUAGAAAGCAGGCUGUGUCUUUCACCGUAUUACCCUUGAUAACACCAGUACAGGAAUCCAAGAGGUAUGUGGUUGGUUAACCUCCUGGAUGCCCGAUUUAGGUGCAUGGGGUCGGCAUAUAGUGUUUUUGCUCUUUUGUGUACUUCUCCUCUUUGUUGUUCUUUUUGUAUUCAUACAAUGCUGUAAAAUGCUCCUGAAUUCACUUUGCUCCCCCCGACCCCCUGGUAUUUCUCAGUUGACUCUAACCAGUGACCCCCAUGCCUAUGAGCUUAAUCUGUUUUUAUCUUCUGCAUAUGAGAACACUCAACCAAAAGUUUGUUGAGUUUUCUCAAAGGAGGGAGUUGUUGGUGUCACCAGGUAUAAAUCUAGGUAACUUGGGAAAGUGGUAGAUCACAAGUGUCAAUAAAGCCCUCCUGUUGUAGGUCUUAGUGAACCA